AUGGCGCCCACCACCUUGACCCAUCCAGAUGUUGCAGGAACUCCUCCUGCAUCUGAGCAAAUUUUGCUUUCAACCCUCGAGUCCGCUCCCCACACCUUCCUGCAGCCGACUCCAACCCUCCGCGCAGCAUCUCUCGCCUCCGCAAAACGCUACCUCGAUCCCCUUGCGAUAUCUACGAGUGUAGCACAAGUGCAACGGCAGCAAGUCAACAGGCGGAAGCGGAAAAGAGGGCACUACGAUGCCGACGCCUCACGGAAACCCUUACAACUUACCCAAGUUUACUUCGAGGGAUUAAAAGUAGAGCAAAUUUGGGAGCAGGCAAGAAGGAUUUUAGAUGCAACCAGAUCCGAGCUGGAAAGAUCGCUGCCAAACAAGUCUCAAACACAAGAGAUGACGAGUCUGCCCAAGGGACUAGCUGGUGACCCAACGAGUAAUAGGAAAUCUGUCGAAUUUCAAGAAUUUGAUGAAUAUGGCUCCGAAGUCGGCAUCUCAAAUCCAGAUGAGCUCAAUGGCGAAGACGAUAUGCCUCUGGGGGAGUCAGACGUAUCCCUUGAUGACUCGAACCAGCCACCACUAGACGGUGAGGCCGCAGAAUUCGGCCGUGUUCUCGACGAUGGCGAUGAAGACAUGCUUGAUGGAGAAGGUGUAGGCGAAGAGGACGACUCGGAUGAGCUGUCAGAGUCCGACCAGGAGUCGAAAGAGAUUUUUCAUCCGGACAAGAACGGCCUCAAUGAUGGCUUUUUCUCCAUAGAUGAUUUUAAUCGACAGUCAGAGUUUCUCGAGCAACAAGAUGCUCGCGGAGAGAAUGACGGCGCUGCAAGUGACGAGGAGGAUGUAGACUGGGACGUCGAUCCUUUGGCUUUAACAUCGCCACAUAAAGUAGGUCGAAUGCUUGAGGAUGGAGCAAUGGAGGGAUCUGAAGAUGAGGAGAAGGGUCCUACGUUCGGCAAUGUCGAGUUAAAUACCUCAGACAUCUCAGAUGACGAUGAUAACUCGGCGAACGGAGCCCAAGUGGACGACAACGGAGCCAUGAAUAAUACCAAUGACAUCAAAUAUGCCGACUUCUUCGCACCUCCACCAAGCAAAGCUUCCAAACCUUCUCGCCGCCGUGCGCUCCCCAAGACUCAGCCCCCCACCCCACACGCAACCGAAGACGACGUCCAACGGACCAUAUCUGCUGUCCGCCGCGACAUCUUCGAGGACGACCUCACACCUGACGAAGAUGAAGCUCCCUCUGAUGCAAACGAUCGUCGCUCCUCUCAUCAAAGACGUCAGGCGGCUCUCAGAGCUGAGAUUCGUCGUCUCGAAGCCGCCUCAGUGGCCAAACGUGACUGGACGCUCUCUGGUGAAGCACGUGCUGCUGACCGCCCUAUCAAUUCUCUGCUAGAAGAAGACCUUGAUUUCGAGCGCGCGGGCAAGCCGAUUCCUGUCAUCACGCAGGAGGUGAGUGAGGACAUCGAAGCGCUAAUCAAGCGGCGGAUAGUUGCCAGAGAAUUUGAUGAAGUCAUCAGACGACGUCCUGGGGAUUUGGCGACCGGAAAUGGGGAUGUGAGGAGAGGACGAUUCGAGCUGGAUGAUACCAAGCCAACGCAAAGUCUCGCGGAAAUGUACGAGGCUGAGCAUCUCAAGAUUGUCGAUCCAGAAGGAUACACAGACAAGCGAGAUGAAAAGCUUAAGCGCGAACAUGCCAAAAUUGAGCAGAUGUGGAAAGAUGUCUCUGCGAAGCUAGACGCGCUGAGCAGUUGGCACUAUAAGCCUAAACCGCCAAGCGCAAGUAUCAACGUGGUGGCGGAUGUGCCAAGGAUUAGCAUUGAGGAUGCUAGACCAGCUGCUGGUGGCGAGGUGGGUGGAGAAAGUAUGCUGGCACCGCAGGAGGUCUAUAAGCCGGGUGAAGGAAAAGGCAGUAAAGAAGAAGUCUUGAAGAAGGGAAGUGGUCUACCAAUUGGACGGGAAGAGAUGACGAGAGAUGAAAAAGUUAGGAGGAGGCGGAGAGAAAAAGAGAGGAUUAGGAAAGCUGGGGGGCUGGCGCCGGCGAAGGGCUUGGAGGGCCGUGGGAAAAAGGAGCAGGAGAAGAGAGGCGUGAUUGGGGACCUGAAAAAGGGCGGCGUGAGAGUGAUAGGGAAGAAAGGCGAAAUCAGAGAUGUGGAGGGAAAGGCUGUCCAAGGACAAGUCGCGGUCGGAAAGGGGGGUGGCGGCUACAAGUUGUGA